CGUUAUUUUUACCUCGUCAAUUGCACAUUUUUUUCUAAUUUUCACUAUCACAGAAUGAGUAAUUUUGAGGAUAUUGACAAGAUUUUCCGUGAAAAAUGCAGCGCAAAGACAAUUCAAUCCAACGAGCAUGGAUUCUUCACAAGUUUCUGCUUUACUGUUAUCAAUAGCUUCAAAUCUGAUCAAGAAUUUCAAGAUUGGCUGAAAAAUUAUUUUGCAAAAUGUGAGAGCGAUUAUGAAAAAAUUCAGUUUCUCUACAACGAUCCGACAGUCUCUUGGGAGAUUCUCGGUACUCUUGAGCAUGUCGCUGAGGUGUUUAGGAAGAAAGACUCAAUGUUUUCAUGGCAGAAGCGAGAACAGGUUCUUAAAUUAGUGAAGGCUUAUGACGAGGGUCGUGGUCAGGUGCCUUUGGAUAAAGUCUUAAUUUUGGCUAGUCAGGCCGUCAUGAGAGCUCCGAUGAAGGAUGACGACAGAGACAUCGACAAUGGCUUAACAUUAGCAUUGGCUUUACUACAACGAGCUGAGGUUUUUUAUAGAAUGAAUAAUGGAGUUUAUGCUUUAAAAGAUCUUCAACUAGCUGUCAAAUGUGGACUUCCGGUCAAAACUAAUGCAGAAUAUUACGCAAAGUUGUCUAAGGUUUAUGCUUUGAUCAACGAAGACAAAAAGGCUGACAUCUCAAUCAACCUUUACCACAAGUUAAUAGCUGACGACUUCCGUCGUGAUGUACUUAUCCGUGAAGUUGAUGCACUCAAAUCAAAAAUAAAAUCUGGUGACAUCAAACCUUUCCAAGAUUCCCAAAAACGCCUUCCACCCCUCAAAGAACAUCCAUCAAAGUCAUCAAAACUAGAGCGCUGCACAUCAACAUGCAUCAAACUUCAAGAAUCACCAGAUGCAGGUCGAUAUUUUGUUGCCAAUGGUGAAAUUCAAGUUGGUGAGACAGUCUUAGUUGAGAAGGCACUUGGAGCUUGUUUAUAUCCUAAGAACUUUGGAACUCACUGUUAUCACUGCUUUGUACGACUUAUUGCUCCAAUCGGAUGCACCAGCUGUGCUUCAAUUGCAUUCUGUUCAGUUGAAUGCCGCGAUGCUGCGUUGUCGACUUAUCAUAAGUUUGAAUGCAAGUACUUGGAUUUGCUGAUUGGGUCUGGAAUGUCAAUUUUAUGCCAUAUCGCACUUAGGAUCAUUAUGAAACAAGGAACACCUGAAAAAGCACUCGAAGAAGGUGAAAAUGUAAAGAAAAUAUUUUGUUCUCAUGACUCGAUGAGGAAUCUUGAAGACUUCUUCAGACGCUGCCUUAUGUCAACCUUUUUACUUCGUGUUCUUCAGAAAUCUGAAUUUUUUGGACGUCGAACCACGGAAUCAGCAGAACCGACACCAAAUGAGAUGAAAAUUGGUGGAUUAAUCUUUGCAUAUUUGCAGUCAUUGCAGUUUAAUGCUCAUGAAAUCUACGAGAAGCUCACGACUGGACAUUUAUUCUCAAAAUCUAAGCUAAACUACAUUGGUGUUGGAAUCUAUGAAGUCGGUGCGAUGUUUAAUCAUGAAUGCUACCCGAGCAUUACAAGAUAUUUUAGUGGAGAUACUUUGAUCCUUAAUACAAUCAGACCACAUGCUGAUAAUGAAGUUGUAGCUGAAAAUUAUGGACCAAUUUUCACAAAAAUGUCACUUAAAGAGAGACAAAGAAGCUUAGCAUCAAGAUAUUGGUUUAAGUGUGCAUGUAAGCCGUGCAAGGAAAACUGGCCAGUUUAUGAAAGAAUGAGUAACAAGUCAAGAAUCAAGUGCUCAACUGAUGGAUGUGAUGGAUUCCUUCCAUAUCCACAAGAUCGUAAUAAGAACGUCAAGUGCCCAAAGUGUAAGAAUGUUGUGUCAUUGCAGGUCCAAAUGGGAUUUAUUGAUGAGGCUGAAAAUCAGUUUUAUGAUGCAGCUGAAGCUAUGGAGGCUGAAGACGUCUCAAAAGCAAUUUAUUGUUUAAAAUCAGGAAUUGAAUCCUUCCACAAGGGAGCACUUCCACCUCAUAAGGAUCUGCAUAUUGCAGAAGAAUCAUUCAGUGCUUGCAUUGGAACAAAUGGGAAUAUAUUCUCAAUCAAGGAUCAGUAGAAGCUAAUGCUGGCAUUUUAUUUGAAGCAUUUUAGUUGUUAUUGCAUUUUUGUUAGCUGUUGUUCAUUUUUAUGACAUUUUCGCACAUUUUUUUAUGGACGUUUUGGAAUUUUUGAAUAAAAGAAUUUU